AUGGCUCCCAUCAGAGCUUUCGUUUCUGCCCUCCUGUCCCUGCUGACAGUCACUGGCGCAGUUUCUGUGCCCCAGACCGACUAUGAUGUGAUCGUUGUCGGCGGUGGUCCCUCGGGCCUUAGUGCUCUCAGCGGUGUUGUUCGUGUCCAGCGCAAAGCCCUCCUGAUUGACAGUGGUGUAUACCGCAAUGACCCCACACGAGAGAUGCACGAUGUUCUGGGCAACGAUGGCACUCCGCCAGCUGAGUUCCGAGGUCUGGCGCGUGAACAGAUCCUUAAAUAUCCAACUGCUCGAAUCCAAAAUGGCACCGUCGAGUCAAUCACCCCAAUGGGCGGUAAUUACUCUUCUUUCACCGUCACUGACAAUUCUGGCAAGAACUACACUGCCCGCAAGAUUGUACUAGGCACUGGUGUUCGAGAUGUCUUGCCAGCGACUCCCGGCCUGCAGGAAGCCUGGGGCAAGGGUGUCUUCUGGUGCCCGUGGUGUGACGGAUAUGAACACCGCGAGCAACCUUUUGGUAUCAUUGGCAACUUGUCCGAUGUCCUUGGCAGCGUACUUGAGACUAAUACCCUGUACUCGGACGUCAUUGCAUUCGUCAACGGUACACAAACCCCCCAGGGUGAGAUACAGGCCACUAGUCAGCAUGAGGGCUGGGAGGAGCAGUUGAAGGCAUGGAACAUCAAGAUCGAGAACCGCACGAUCGCAUCGCUUGAGCGUCUUCAGGAUGGCAGCAUCCACCGCAACAGAACCACCGAUACUCAGUUUGACAAGUUCCGGGUCCAUUUCACUACCGGUGAACCCAUCGACCGUAGCGCUUUUAUCGUCAACUUCCCAACUACUCAGUACUCGAGCCUGCCGGCCAAGAUGCAUCUUGAUGUUGCUGAUGGAAAGAUUACUGUAACCAGCGGCAUGCGGACGAACCAAACUGGUGUCUUUGCCAUUGGUGAUGCCAACAGUGACGGAAGUACCAAUGUCCCACAUGCUUUAUUCAGUGGCAAGCGUGCUGCUGUCUAUAUCCAUGUGGAAAUGUCUCGCGAAGAUUCGCAGUCCAAGGUCUCCAAGCGCGAUAUCUUGUCCCGCCGCGAAUUGGAGAAGGAAGCCGCUCGUGUGAUUGGCGAGAACCUUGAGCCGCAGUGGAAGCGUGCUCAGCAUAUCUAG